UAUAAAACUACUUGUUACUGAACGCGCUGAUUCAGUCUACAAUUUUCUUUUGCGGAGAAUACAAGAUUAAUAAAUAAUUAUAGCCUUGCUAAUAAUAAUAUAUCAGGAAGUGUUAAUAGAAUCCAACAAACCAAAAGAGACAUCGAAUGUUAGUACUUUGUUUUGGUCAGCUCAUAUUGGUAGCACUGAUCGCGCGAUCUGACGUCAUUGCGCUAGCUGUCAUUGAUCUAUUUGUGAUAUAUUAUUAGCGAUAUUUUAAUUUAUUUGCCAAGGUUUUAUGCGAAACUAAGAAGUUUUGCGGAUGAUAACAUAAAGAUUUGACUUUUGCGGAGCUACGUGUGUAAUUAAGAUUUAUCUUUGAACUCUUUAUUUGAAGUUAUUAUCCACUCAAAUUGCGUACGUGAUCAGUGUAUGUGCAUUAAGUUAUUUAUAAUAAUAUUAUCAAAAUACUUAAGUUGAUUAAAGUGUAAUUUAUACGUGAAAUAUUUAUAAAGAACGUUUUAAAUAAAACAAGUAGUGAAAAUGUCGUCGUUAGGAGGACAGUGGCGCAUAAUACGGCACUACCUUUCAAUAAGUAACUUAAAUUCCGAAGUUGAAAAGUUAGUGCAAAAAAUUAAACCAGCGACGCCCGAACAAUGGGAAAGUUUGAUUAAAAAGUUUGAAAGAGCUGUAUCAGCCAGAAUAGGCCAAACAGUAGAUGUAAAAAAUGCAGAACAAAUAGCUUCUAAUAAUAAACUAAAUGCAACAACAAUCGAAGAAACUGACACUAAAGGACAAAACGUAAAAGAAAAAAAUGAUAAAGAGGAGAAAAUCAGUCAGGAGGGUCUGACGAUAGGGUCAGAGGCAAAGGAAAUCACUUUAGAGGGUCUCUGGCAAGGACUUAAACUAAAAAAGGAUCUUCAUUUCGGAAAGAUAUCUGAACCAACAUGGAAAAUGAACAAACCUAUCAUAACUAAAACUUCAAUCCACUCCCGGACAGCCUAUGUGAUAUCAGCCAUAGUGACUGCAGAAACACCAGAAUGCCUUUUGAAAAGGACUGAACACUUCAUAGAACAUCUUCAGCAAUACCCUGAGUCUAGAGACUAUGCUAUUAAGGAAGGAGCAGUUAGAGCGUUAUUAAGGGUGCAGCAUAAUUUGAAGAAAAAUACUGAUAUAUCUAUCAACAAGGAAGUCAAUGGUCUUGUCAAUGAGGCUUUAGCCCUAAUGGGUUACACGGGUCCUACGAAGAAUCGUGGUCCAAACAUUCUGUCAAUAGACGGUGGAGGCAUCAGAGGAAUUAUAGCAAUAGAGAUAUUGAGGCACUUGGAGAGAUUGACCGGGAGGAGGGUUCAGGAAAUGUUUGACUACAUCAUCGGUGUGAGCACAGGAGCUAUCAUUGCUGCCGUGAUUGCUAGUGGCGUUGGUAACUUGGAAACGGCAAAUCAAAUGUACCACAACUUAUCAAAACAAAUGUUUGGGAACACCUCUGUUAUCGGUGGCACAUCUAGGCUAGUAUGGAGUCACUCAUACUAUGAUACGGAUGCCUGGGAGAAGUUGCUGAAAGAGAACCUUCAGGAUUGCACACUCACCGAGUGUAACAGACAUGACACACCUAAGAUGGCGCUGGUGUCGUGCGUGGUGAACUCGGGCUCGCGCCUGGCGCCGUUCCUGUUCCGCACGUACGAGUGCGGGUUCCGCGUGCGCUCCGUGUUCGCGGGCAGCUCGCGCGCGCAGCUGUGGCACGCCGUGCGCGCCUCCGCCGCCGCGCCCACUUACUUCACGGAGUUCCGCCUGCAAGGGCUGCUGCACCAGGAUGGUGGUAUAAUGGUCAACAACCCCACUGGUGUGGGUCUACAUGAAGCUAAACUAUUAUUUGGCCCUAACAACAUGAAGAACAGCACAGUUAUAUCAGUGGGAACCGGCAGAGCUCUCAACAAGCAUUUGGACUAUGAGUUAAUGAGCAAGGGACUAGCGAAGGAAACCUCUGGAACCAGCUGGAAGGACAAGUUCAAUAAGAUUUUGGACUCUGCUACUGAUACCGAAGGUGUACAUCUAGUCCUUAACGACUUAUUACCACCUGGCAACUAUUACCGAUUCAACCCACCACUAAUGGAAGAGUGCGCAAUGGACGAAAUCAACCCUGAGAAGCUACAGAGCAUGAUCACAGACACAAUGGCUUAUAUCAGGAGGAAUCAACACAAGUUCGAACAAGCGGCCGCAAUGUUGGUGAGGAAACGAACAAUCACCCAGAAGGUAAUGGACUAUGUACAUUACAGGAGCCAGUUGAUGGGUAUAUCACAUGCCAACUGACGGUCAAGGAACCAGCAAGAAUAUGAAACUUGCUGAAUGAAAGUGAAUGGAAUGAAUGGAAAGAUUGAAAAUCAAUCGUUGUAAUGCAAAUUGAGAUUGCGAGUCUUGUUAUCUUGAACCUCCAAGUAUCAGUAUGGAUUUUUACUCUACUACGUCUAUUGAAAAUGAGUAAUGCAUUUAUCCUGUAUAAUAUGUCCUAUGUAUGAUAAAAUGUCGUUAUAAGGUUAUAGAAGAUCCUAAUUCUAAUAUAACAAACAAACAAAUAUAUAAAUAUUGGAAAUAUUCAUGUUAUAUAUAACAUGUCUAAAAAUUUUGUAGUACCAUAUCUCAUUAGCCUUGUAGUUUAAUUACUGAUUUUUAAAUGUAUAGAUUGAGAUGGAGGAUAACAAGUGUAUAAGCGUGAGUGAGAGGGAUGUACAGAUGACAUUUUAUGACGUCACUAUGAAUAAAAAAUAUGGAUUGUCCAAUAUUAUUGUUGAAUAAUUGAAAAUUUCCAAUUACUUUAGUAAAAAAGAGUAUUUAAUUUGUAAAUUGUUUAAUUUUUAAAACAAUUUUAUUAAUUGUAUCUGCUUAAAGAUUAUUAAAAUGACACUUGUUCAUAUUAGAUAGAACCUAGUUAAUGUAAUGCUUUCGAAUAUAAAAAAAAAAAACGAUAAAUUAAAGAAAAAGUAGAAUAUGCUAAGAGCCUGCAAAGAAAACAAACUUUAGAUCCUAUAAUAAGAUUUUUUAUUAUAUGUGAUUAUUAUCUCAUUGCAGUGAACUAAUCAUAGUGAACUUCAUUGUUAUUGAAGUAGAAUAGUGUUAUAAAUUAACUAUAAUUUAUAUUGCACUCUCCAUGUGUCGCCCAUUGUUAUAUACUGACUAUAAAUACAACAAUAACACAAAAAUUAAUAAAUAAUAAUUUACUGGUGGUAGGGCUUUGUGCAAGCUCGUCUGGGUAAGUACCACCCACUCAUCACAUAUUCUACCGCAAAAAGCAGUACUUGAUAUUGUUGUGUUCCGUUUUGAAGGGUGAGUGAGCCAGUGUAAUUACAUGCACAAGGGACAUAAAAUCUUAGUUCCCAAGGUUGGUGGCGCAUUAGCUAUGUAAGCGAUGGUUGACAUUUCCAAUGACAAUGCCAAUGUCUAUGGGCGUUGGUGACCACUUACCAUCAGGUGGCCCAUAUGCUCGUCCGCCUUCCUAUUCUAUAAAAAAAAAUGUAUAAGAAAUAACAAUCAAUGCUAUUGUUAAAUACAAUACUGUGAAAUAUAACUUGCAUUUAUGAAGUAAUGUUAUAAGUAUAUUAUACAUUUUUCGCAAUGUUUAUACUUUCAAGUCUUUGUAUGUAUAUUAAGUGAAUUGUGAUAAUUAUGUCGAUGAUAUUAAUUAAAUUAGAAAAUUAAUAUAAGAGUGCUUACACUGUUGUAAAUGAAAUUUGUACAUAGUAUUAUGACAAGAAAGUUCAUAGAGCUGAUCUUAUUGCUAAGGAAGCAAUCUCUUCUAGGCCGCCUUAAUGUAAUGAAUAGAUAUAGAAGAAAAAUAAUAAAAGAUGGCUGUACAUAACAUAAUAAAUAGUUAAAUAAUAUGUAUGUACAUACAUUAUUAUAAAUACAUUAUAUAUUAAAUAAAAAAUAUUUCAAAUAAAAUAUACAUUUAGUAUAUAUAUUUUAUUCGAAUAAUGUUUAUAAUAACUUUAAUGGUGUUCGAAUAAUAAUUACGAAUAUGUAUUGUAUUAUAUAAAAUUAUAUACCGUUAAAUAAUUAAAAAAAAAAAACGAAUAUUAAAUGCAAUAAAUAUUUUUUUUUAUAUUUAGAUAGUUUAGUUAAGCUAUAUAAUAGCUUGUCUUAUGACAUUAAACUAGCUCAUUG